AUGGAUACUAUAACGGCUUCAGAAAAGAAAGAGCUUGAUCUAAUCGAAAAAGUGGAGCUUCGUUUAGCUUUAAGCGAUACCACUGAGAAAUUCGAGAAAAGUUUGAAUACAUUUUUAGCUCCUUUAUUGUUAAAACUUGCAUCCCCAUAUGCAUCUGUCAGACAAGCUGUUUUUAACACUUUAAAGCAUGUUCUUUCACGGUUAUCAAGUCUUAAGACUCUUAGGUUACCUGUAGCAGCAUUGAUUAUACAAGCUAAAUCACCUUCUAUUCCAGAAGGUGCUGAUCCAAAGAAUGUCCGAUUAUACAGUCUAUUGUUAGCAUCUAAAGGUGUUGAACGUUUAACAACCUCAGAACAAAAAGCAUUGAUUCCAGAAGUAAUGAAGGAUAUAUCACGAAUGUCAAGAGAUACAGCAGCAAGACUAUUUCAUAUACUUUGUAAAUUACUAUUAUCAUGGGUCCCUCCUCUUAAAGGGUCUACAGAAGAAAAUGAAACUAAAGAAUUGUUAAAAUUAGAUAGCAAUGAAGAUUUAGAAUUUAUCCUAAAUUAUUUCACAAAGUUUUUCUUAUUAAAACCAGCUAAACCCAAUCCACAAGCAGGUGUAAUACCUAGAGGGUAUACAUCCCCAGGGCUCUCAAGUGAUGAUGUUUCUUUCUUUACCUAUGAGGCUGGUAUUUCUUUCACUAGUGAGCAAAUGUUUGAAUUUAAAAGGGCCAUUUUUAAAUUUUCUUGCAAUGGUUUAGUUGAAGAUGAUAAUAAAUUAAUCAAAUUUUUAUCAGUAGUAUGUACUGAUGAAAGUUCUAUUUCAGAUUCUGCUAUUCAAUUCUUAAAGAGAUUACAGACGCCUUACGAGGAUAGUGAUUUUAUUAAUUUCUUAAUUAAUUUGUUCACGGGUGAUAAGACGAGGGGUGUUCCUCCAGUGAAGCAUGAGUUACAAGAAAGAAUUCUUACGAUAUUGAACAAUAGUAUAGUGGCAACACAGGAUCCAGAUAAAGUAUUGUUAAUAUGUUCGAUUGGUUUAAAUUCGGAAUUCUAUAAGUUGAAAUCAUUCUGUCUCUUAUUCAUUCGUCAUGUCUCCAGAAACAAUGGUGAUCAAUUAGUACACAAACCUGAAACUUCUGAACCAUUAGACUAUCAUACAAAUAUUGCAUCGUUGAUUAGGAAUAAUCUUCACUCUGAAGGUUGGCCUAAACUACAAUUAGGAUCUUCAACCCCUCAGUUUAAUAAUGUGAUAUUACAAAGAAGAUUGCAGUAUGAGACAUUGGGUGAUAUAAUAAGAAAGGAUUUUGAUAUGGUUAAGGAUCUGUCAUAUAUUGAAUUUUUAUUAGAUUCAUUAAAUGGGGACUUAAUAGAAUUCUCAUCCAGUAUUCAAGAGAGUUUAGUAGCAGCUACUUGCCAUUUACCUUUACUACCAGAAGCAUCAAAAGCUAAGUUGAAAACAAUUUUGAGAAAAUAUUUGGCAGAUGAUUAUCAACUUGAAAAUGAACCCGAAACUAAAGAGAGAAUUAUGGCACUAAGAUUCAUUGCUAUAAAGUUCGCAAAUGUUACAUUCGAGUUUAAUGAUACUGAAGCCAGGUUUUUUAACAUAUUAGGUACAUCAAGAACCAACAGAUUCGAUAUUAUCGAAGAGUCCAUUAAAGGUCUCCACCCUCAUUGGUUUAGAAUAAAUAAAGCAGCAGUCAAUAAACAAUUCUUAAAAACAGAAGAAAUAUUGGGUACAAAGGUUACAGAUACCAAAUUUCCUGAUUCUAAAGAAAUGAGUAUGUUUAUUAUCAAUGAGUUAGAACUUAAUAAAGAAAAUGAAACGUCUGUAUUAAGAAGUACGCUCAAUUGUGCGGUGAGAUUCAUUAAACAGUGUAUUAUAAUGGAAGCUAUAUCUGGAAAACAAACUGUUAUAGUUCAAGAUGAAGAUUGGAGUGUUAGAACUGAAAAGGCAGUUGAAAUGGACCCAAUCGUCAUCAGUUAUAUUUCUUCUUUCAUCAGUAGUAUAACAGACGCAUGGUAUAGUAAACUUCUAAAAAUUAUUUGUUCAGAAUUUGUUGUAAAGAGCAGUAACGGUAAUAUUAUUGCAUUUUCAAAAUAUCAUGACGUGGUAUUUGGGAAAACAUUAUUGUUGUUCAUUAAAUUCACUAAGUUAACAGUACUUUAUUCUUUGGAGCCAUUAAUAACUGACCUUUAUAAGUAUUUGGAUGGAACUGCUAUACUAAACGAUGAAGAACUAGAAAUGUGUGCUAAUAUAUUAGCUAUUAUAUCAGUAUCUUGUCCGAAUUCCAGUAAUGUGACUAACAUAAUAUCAAGCCUAGAUCAUAUCGAGACAACAGAAAUUUCAUUGAGGGAUAUGUUUGCAAAUGCUAAUAUUUUACCAAGAUUAUAUAUUACAAAUCAAUUGGAAAAUGUAACAGAAGCCCGUGUUCUGGCUCUAAUUAAGACAAUUUCUAAUAAUAUCAUGGAACACAAAUCCAAAAAAAUACUAUACCGUUUAAUGGGGCAAAUUGGCAAGUUUGGAUUAUUUUGUCACUUACCAAAGCAGAAAAGAGAAAUAAUUGUUAGAACAACAAUAGACCUAUUGAAAACAAGACUUCUUAAUGAUGAAUUUACUGUUGAACUAUGGGGAUGUAUUGCCAUAUAUGCCAAUGAAUUUAACCUAAUGGACGAAUUUUAUGGUACACUCUAUGAAACUCAUGUUUCAAAGCAGAUUGAAUAUCUCUUCGCAUCUGGGGAGACUCUGUCCAUUAUUGCGGGCGGUUGGACAAGUACUGUUCUUACUGACCAAGUUGAUGUCGGCGAACAUUCCAAGCAAGUUAUCGAUAAACUAGGUGCACAUUUCUAUAAUGAAGCCAACGUAUCAUAUGUCCUUGAUAAAAUUCUCCAUUCCUGUGACUCAUCUAAACCUUCAUUACGUAAGGCUUCAUGUGUUUGGUUACUUUCCUUAGUUCAAUUUCUGAAGCAGAAUCCAAUAAUUAUACAGAAUGCAAAAGAAAUCCAUAACAAAUUUAUGAAAUUUUUAGGUGAUAAUGAUGAGUUGAUUCAAGAUACAUCAUCUAGAGGUUUAAGUUUAAUUUACGAAAUCGGAACUGGUGACCUUAGAGAAGAUAUGGUAAAGGGAUUAUUGAAAUCCUUUACAAACUCAACCAACGCUAUGUCAAUGCAAUCCGGGACACUUGACCAAGAAACCAAAUUAUUUGAACCUGGUACUAUGAAUACAGGAGAUGGCUCUAUCAGUACCUAUAAGGAUAUCCUGAAUCUUGCGUCUGAAGUAGGGGAUCCCUCGUUAGUUUAUAAAUUUAUGUCAUUAGCGAAGAGUUCGUCUCUUUGGUCAUCGAGGAAGGGUAUUGCUUUUGGAUUGGGGGCUAUUAUGUCUAAAUCAUCUCUAGAAAAUAUGCUCCUAGAGGACACAGCUACAGCUACCAAAUUGAUUCCAAAAUUAUACAGAUACAGAUUUGAUCCUUAUUCUGCAGUUGCAAGAUCUAUGACUGAUAUUUGGAAUUCUUUAAUAUCUGAUUCUUCCAAUGUGAUUAGUAAAUACUUUGAUGUUAUUUUAGAAGAAUUAUUAGAUGGGAUGUCAGAUAAGGAAUGGCGUGUUAGAGAAGCCAGUACUAAUGGUUUAUUAAAUCUCGUUCAAUCUCAACCAAAUGAAAAGUUUGCAGAUAGAAUCCUAGACAUCUGGACGAUGGGUUUCCGUACAAUGGAUGAUAUUAAAGAAAGUGUUCGUGAAGCAGGCGUAAAGUUCACAACCGUAUUGGGUAAGAUACUUGCGAGAUCGAUUGAUAUUAGUAAAGGGGUGAGUUCUGAAAGGUCAAAGAAGAUCUUGGAUUCUAUUUUGCCAUUUUUCUUGGGUACGAAGGGUAUAAAUAGUGAUGCCGAUGAUGUAAGGAAGUUUGCAUUAACAACUUUGAUUGAGUUGGUAAAGAAUACUGGUGAUUCAAUUAAACCAUUUGCGCCAAAGCUGGUAUAUGAAUUCACUCUAUUAUUUUCAUCUAUUGAGCCUCAAGUGAUCAACUAUUUAUCGUUGAAUGCUACUAAUUAUAACGUGGACUCCAAAAUUAUUGAUGUGCAUAGAAAGAAUGGUAUUACUAGUUCACCAUUAUUUGAAACUAUUGACAAAUUAAUAUCACAUAGUGACAAAAAGAAUCUCAUUGAUUUUGUGGAUUACAGUAUGAAAGCGGUCAAGAAAUCGAUUGGACUACCAUCCAAGGUUGCAUCUGCUCAAGUAUUGGUAUUAUUAGCAAAAAGGUUUGUAAUUGAAUUGGCACCAUAUUCUGGUAAGUUGUUGAAACUAUGCUUGGUGAUGUUGGAUGACAGAAAUGAAUCUGUUUCACAUUCAUUUGCAACUACUUUUGGUUAUAUGUAUAAGAUUUCUUCUGUUGAAAAGGCUGCCAAGUAUGGUAAUAAGUUAGUCGAAAAAUACUUUGAUAUUGAUGGAAGCAAUGAUUUUUCAACAUCUAAAAGAACAGUUGGUAUAGCCAUUGAGUCUAUUCUUGAUCAUGCAUCAUCACAGUUUGGAAAUGUUGCGAAUAUUUUUAUGCCACUAAUUUUUGUUGCUUGUAACGAUGUUGUUAAAGAAAAUGCAGAACUGUUCAAUAAAAUAUGGACAGAUGCAUCAUCAACUGGAUCGGGUACAAUUAAAUUAUAUUUGGAUGAAAUACUAUCAAUUUUAUCAAAGAAUAUAAAAAGUAAUAAUUUUGAUGUGAGAAAGACCUGUGCCAAAUCAAUCCAAAUUGUUUCGGAGAAGGUGGAUACAAAUAUUAAUUCUAAACAAAGAAAGCAUUUGUUCGAUUUAUCGAUAGCCUCUUUAGAAGGGAGAACUUGGGAUGGUAAAGAGAUGAUGGUUGAAGCUUUGUGCUCCUUAGCUAUUACCUUUAAGGAUGAUGUAAGUCAAGAUAUUGAAUUGAAAGAAAAAAUAAAUAAAUCAUUAAAGGUUGAAGUGGCUCGUACAAAUAAGAUGUAUGUGAAAAAAAUUAUCUUGUUUUAUGCUGAAUAUUUGGGUGCAUUUGAGGACAAAGAAGGUAACAUUGACCAACUUCUGACAGUUAUUAAUGACACAAUACAGGAAGUGGGUUCUUCUAACGAUGGAUCAGUCGAUGCUACAAGAAAGGAAACAGUUUCAUCUCAGAAUGAAAAUGAGAUUACGAAGAAAGCAUCUAAGAAAAAUAUAGGGGCAGAGGAAUAUAUUUUGAAAUUAAUUGAUGCACUUGUUCCAUUUGCUAAGAUCAGUAUGACUAAUAUGAAUUUUAAAGUGGAAUAUUUACAAGCUUUAUUGCACUUAAUUGCAAAAUGCUUUGAUAAUAACCUUUAUAUUUAUACAUGGAGAACUCAAUUAUCUUCGUGUGAGAUUGGUAAAAAAUUAAUUAGUGACUAUGAUUCAAAUUCUGAUGAAAUUGAUAAAAUCUUAAGCAGCUAUUGGGAAGUAGUCUUCCAAAAUAAUAUUACAAAGGAAACUAUUGAAAAUGUUAAAUUACAAAUGAUUAACUUUGGUUCAUUAUUAUCUCAAAAAGUUCCAAAUUUGAAAUCAAUUAUUGAAGAAUCAAUGAGACGUAUGACGGAUAGUGAUCCAAAUCCAAGGUUAGUAUUAGAAAUAAAGAAUAAUGGAUUUUAA